UCCAGUCAGUACGUCUCUCAAAGCAAAGCUGUGCGCCUCUUCAGUCAACAUCAGUAGCAAAAACCACCUCGGCAACAAGCUGUGCGUCGCGUCCGCAAUGAAAUUACGUUCUCUAUCUUUAUCUUUUUAACAAAAGUGCGCAUUAGGGGAUUUCCAGGGUGUACCAUGAGACGGAGAGGGACAGUCUGAACGCGGUGCCUGAGCCGCCCUCCCUCAAGCCCACGCGGGACAAGUUGAGGCCGGGUCGUCUCCUCGGCCUGCUCUCCCCCUCCCACAACGACAUGCUCGAGCACAAGGAGCCUUUUGGACACUUCUGGGUUCAGCUGAGCUCGCUCUAUGGCAAGCUCCUAGUCAUACUGAUGGUGGCUUUCACCCUCAUAGAAGUCAUGGACAACCCAGUCAAGCUACUUUCGUUACAGGGUAUCUACUUGAUCUACCUAUAUGUGGGGAGCAUAGCUGUCAUCAUAUGCAUCUACAUCUGGGUUUUGGCGGACAGCUGUGCUUCCAUGCACCAAGAAGCUGAUGCUGAGCCGACCAUCACAACUUCCGUCAUCGCUGAUGCUGAACUGGGGGGAUUGUCACUCACUCGCUUUGGAUCUCUCAAACGAGCACACCUUUCCAGGCAUCAAGCCUCAGGCACCAGCUUCUAUCUCCGUAUUGGUGCUUUAGCAUUUGGCCUAGGCACUUUAGUGUUUAAUGGGUUGGAAAUGGCUAUGCACUCGAUGAUGGAGGCCUCCUGCCUGAAUGAUGUGGUCUUUGUUCACCCUGUUCUACAUGGUCUCUUCACGUUCCUGCAGAUGCAUUUCCUGUUCGUCAACUCUCAGGUGCUGGUAGAAAGGUUUGGUCUGGUAGCAAGGUUUGGUUUCAUGCAUCUGGCAGCAACAAAUCUGGCAUUGUGGGCUCGUCUGGUGGUCUGGGAGUCGGGGAAUGAGUGGACGUACUUUGUGUACCUGGCGCAGACAGCCGGAAUGGUGCCUCGUGCCUCCAGCUACGAUGCUGCUGUGCCUACCCCCCUCCAGCUAAAGGGUUUUCCUCGUUCUGUCACAGAUACUGCUAGGUUCCAGCGUGACUUGCGCCACGUAGGCAAUGCCAGUGCUCUCACUAGUCAAGUGUACCGACCCAUCUCUGACAGCCACAUUGACCAAGUGGUGGCUCUACACCAGUGCCUCAACACUAACUCCCUCGGUCAGCUGUGGACAUCAUCCAUGCCCUUUCUUUACCCUUUCAUCAUCCAGUUCAGCUUAAUCGCAGCAGGUGUGACAUACGUGAUGGGUCGCAAUGUUGGGCGAGAUAGAGUCAACAAGAAAAAAUCCAUCCAUAAGAAGGCCUUUGUCAACAACAAUAACAAUAAUAAUAACAAUGGAAACUGUAAACCCUCAGCUAACUGUGAUUUGGAAACCCACUAUCUUAGCUCUCAGAUUGAUUGUGCUGGAGCCAGCAAAGGGCUGUUCUUGGGCAUUCUGUGUCUGGUUGCUGGCAUCGUUGUCAUCAUCAUCUUCUUAGUGGUGAAGGACGAUGAAGGCUUCCCAUCAGAGACUCUGUUCUGGAUGAUCACAGGGACAUUGGCUGGGAUAUUGGCCAUCAGUUGUGUCAUGACUGUACUCGGACUGAUUCAGGUACGGAAGUUGUCACUGUCCGGUCGAGUUCCGUCAACACUAGACAGCUUGCUCUCCACCGCCACUCUGACCGGUGUCCAGCUGUAUUCAGUGUUCGGACUGGUAGUCGGUGCCAGUGUGGCGUCAGCGUCAGCACAUCACAGUCGCGAGCAACGCCAACACCUCAUGCUGCUGGUGGUGAGCUGUCUGCAGCUGGCACAGUCUGCGGCACAGAGCUGUCUCAUUGGUGAGGCCCUACGACGUACUUCCGUCACUCGACACCAACUGCUCACCAAGCCAGGACGCCAGGUGAUAACAUUCCUUUUAUGUAGUAAUGUGGCUCUGUGGGCAUUUGACUCGUUUGUCGGCCAGAGCUGGCUCAGUCAGGAGUUACAGCUGAGGUACCUGGGUGUCCUGGCCUGGGGAGUCAUCUCCCGUCUCUCUCUGCCCCUCCUGGUCUUCUACCGCUUCCACUCCGGUGUGCUACUACUUGAGGUCUGGCAGAGGGCUUACCGCAGCUGCCGUCUUCCAGACAAUUGACAAUCACGUAGAUCCAAAUGGGCUACAGGCAGAGGGGCCAAACUGCCCAAGCGAGUGCCCGCGCCUGAGGUGGAGUGUGUAUAUCUCGCUCCCCACCAUGGCUCAUUUUUCCUCAACUUCGACUAUGCACUGCCACCGCCUCGUAGAAAAAAGGUGAAACACCACGAAAGCCACCCAACUGAUCCAGCUUCCUGUUUCUUUGUAGAACCUGAUACCAACUUUUACCACUUCAUCGCAGCUAGCCAGUCUACUCCAUUCAGAAAAGUACCUUGGCAUCCAAAUCUGCACAUGCUAAAAUUUUGAAUAUUUGAAGAAAAAAAAAUAUCUAAAAUACAUUAGUAGUAUGACAUUCUAUCUCAAAGUAGUUUAUCACAAUCAAAAAGAUUUAAUUUUGUAGAUUAAAACAAUAGAAAUUAAUCUUGAAAUCACUCUAUAUUACUGUACUUCAUCAUUAUUUUGAAAAAUUUAAGUUACAUGAAACACAGUAAAUUACCACUUUUAGUAUAAAUGUAGAAUUAUUUUUCAGAUAUAGCUUAGUUAAAUACUUUUAAAAAUGUACAUUUAAACACAAAGUAUUUGUGGCCAGUCAACAAAAAGUGUUAUGAAAAUAAAAAUUAGUAUUAAUUAAAAUGCCAAUAAAUAAUCCUUUCAAUAAAAAAAAUUGUAAAUUUUGUUUAUACUGUUAUGUAUUUAUUUGAUUAAAUUUGUAUAUAUUUUUGUAAAUAUAACCUGCAGAUAUUUUAGAUCUAAAAAAAUUUCCAACUAACUCAAUAGCAUAACAGUUUCACAUUUUGUAAGAAACUCUUCACCAUUAAUAAUUUACUCUGGCCACUCUUUUAACACAGAAUAUACCAAAACACUCAUAAUUUAAUAUAUUCUAAUUUAUAUUUUUUAAGUUGUACCUUGAUAAUGUAUGCCAUAUUAGUUUGUAUCAUGUAUUUUAUGUGUUAAAAAUCAAAUGUAGAAAGUAAGGUUCUUAUGUGAAUAUAGAGCAUAUUAUUGAUAGUAAAAUUGUUUUAAGUGAUUCAUUGCAAAAAUUAGAAUUUAGCUCUAUUAGUUUAAUACAAGGAAUAAACAAAGCAUUCUUUACUUAUUUUUGGUUCCGGAUAUGUAAUGAAACUAAAUAAAUCACUCAUUAACUUUAUUUAAAAUGAAUAUUCAUAUCAAUGUUAAAAAAACUUGGCCUAAUUUUUACUUUUUUUCUAAAUUACAAACAGUUGUAAUAUUCAAUGUAAUUAAUACAUGUUUUACGUUAGAUGUCAAAUUUAAAAGUAUAAGUGGAGAAAUGCUUAUUUAACUGUUGGUAUUUAGAUUUAAACUAUUUAUCAAAUUACUCUUAAGUAAAAAAAAUCAGUACAUGUUGGGUUGUUUUUCUAUUAGGAUUGGUCAACAUUCAG